AUGUCGAGCAAGCCCGCGAUCAUAAAACCGAAUAUUAAAGCCACCAGCGAUUAUAGUUUGCAAUUGAAUCGAUGGUUUUUAAAACCGAUCGGUGCGUGGCCCACGUCCGCCUCCACUACAAUGCUCGAAAAGAUUAUUGCACUUAUUUUGAAUAUCAUUUGCUUCGCCUCAAUUAUAUGUACUACGAUUCCUUGUCUGCUAGGCAUGAUUAUAGAAGACGACACUAUUUACUGGAAAAUGAAAUCGCUAGGACCUGUAAGUCACUUUAUCGUCAGUGGCGCAAAUUACACUACUUUACUACUGCGAAGCAGAGAUAUACGCCAGUGUUUGGAACACAUGGAAGCUGACUGGGAAGAAGUAACCAGAGAUAAAGAUCAACGCGUGAUGCUAAAGUUCGCGAAAUUCGGCCGUUAUAUAGCAGCUUCAUGCGGAAUUUUCAUGCAGAGUGGCAUUAUGUGUUCUUGUGUGGUAAUAGGAAUGACCAAAGUACCGAUGCAAAUUGGAAACGAGACGAAAAUUCGACACAUCUUACCUAGCGCAGUAUACAAGAAGAUAGUAAACACGGAUGAAAGUCCAGAGAACGAACUCAUGCUCGCUUUGCAAAUUUGGACUUCCGUUAUCGCAAACGCUAGUACAGUUGGAAUUUUCAGUCUUGCAGGUGUUCUAGCUGCCCACGCUUGUGGUCAGCUGAAUAUAGUUAUGACAUGGAUUACUGAAUUUGUUAACGAUCACAAGAAUACAGAUGGACCUAAGGAAAUAGGAAUUAUCGUGGAACGACAUUUGAGGACACUGAAUUUCAUUGGAUAUAUCGAGAAUCUGAUGAACCGGAUAUAUUUUUUAGAGAUGUUCAGAGGUACGAUGAAUAUAUGCAUACUGGGCUACUACAUUCUUGCGGAAUGGUCUCAGCAUGAUGUUCGAAGUCUGAUUACCUAUGUUAUGAUAUACAUUUCAAUUUGUUUCAACAUUUUCCUAAUAUGUUACAUAGGUGAAGUAUUGACAGAACAGUGCAAGAAAAUUGGUGAAGUAGUUUAUAUGACAAACUGGUACUAUUUAUCCGAUAAAGCAAUCCUCGACUUGAUUUUGAUCAUCGCGCGAUCGAGUGUGAUCGUUCAACUCACUGCUGGAAAAAUGAUUCACAUGUCUGUCUACACAUUCGGUGAUGUGGUAAAGACGGGUUUCGCGUAUUUGAAUCUCUUACGACAGCUGUCAUGAUUAAAUGUGCUUCUACUGAACAUUUUAGUUGUAUCAUUUUGUGUAAAUGAUGUAGAAAUUGAAAUAUAAUGGUAAGAUAUUAAUGACUUAUA